ACAGGACAGUUUUUACAGUAUGCUGAAACUAUGUUUAUUAGAACCACCUCAAAAGUCAAUAAAUUUUGUAAUCAGCCUGUCUGACACUGUGAUAUUGUAUAAGAUGAAACUUGUCAGUAUCCGGUGACCUUCAUUGGAAUCCUCUUUUGAAUAUCAGGUCGCUAGUUUGAAUACAUGCUUCCAAAAUACAGGGUGAUGAUGACUGUCUACUCUAAGUUCAGGUUCUGGCAGAUGUGGAUGGGUUGGGCUGUUGGACUUCACACUAACAUGGAUCAGCCACUAAUAUGGAUUUCUCUCUGUUUCGGGUUUGGCUGCUCUACGUUUCCCCGUUAUGAGUACACCUAUGUUGACAUGAGAGUGGAUUUUGCAUCAGCUCAGAUUUACUGCAAAGAAUAUUACAAAGAUGUGGCGACCAUCACGAGCAGCAGGGACAUGAGCAUGAUGAUCAGACCAAGUACAAACCAGGACGGCAUCUGGAUCGGCCUCAACGAUGACCCGGACGACUGGAUGGGAGUUAUGGGCAAUAACACGGACUCCUGGAGAUGGUCCCUUACUGGUCAGACAAGCAAAACCAGCUACUGCAACUGGCGGCCAAGUCAGCCAGACUUUACAGGUGCCCAUGAGACGUGCGUGGUGGCCAACAAUUUAGGACAGUGGUCUGACGUCAACUGCAACUCACUAUAUUGGAGUAUUUGUUCUGUCACAAAUGCUACAGGCAAAUUCUUUGUGCUGGUUCAACUUAAUCUCACAUGGACGGCGGCCCAGACGUUCUGCAGACAGAACCACACAGACCUGGCAACGAUCGAGAACGCUGAUGACUCUAACGUCAUCCAGACACUGAUGGAAACACUAGGAACCAAUGCAUAUAUCGGUUUAUACCGAAUCCCAUGGUUCUGGUCAGACCACAACACCUCCACCUUCAGGAACUUUGCUCCCGGCAAACCAAACAACGAUCAGACGGUGAACUUCUGUGUGGCUGAGCUUCCUGAUCACACCUGGACUGACGUGCCCUGUUCACUCAGCUUGGCCUUCUUUUGCUAUGCUGAGUCUAGACUAAGGACCAUAUUGAGGAUAAGGAGCCAAACUAACGCCGACAUGACGGACCGGGCGAUUAACGCUCAGAUCCUCCAGCAGAUCGGGGCGGCACUAGAGGACCAGGGAGGGACUGUCUUCGAGAUAAAAUGGAACAUUCAGCCGAAGAAAAGAUGAGAAAAAUUGAGACAGCUGAGAAUUCGAAUGGUUUCCAACAGGCUACAAUAGUAAACAACAGACAAUAUAACUGAGAAUAUAUUAUGUAUAUAAUGUGAUGGUGUAUGGAGUAGCAUUUAACACAGUUAAAUAAAAUCUACACACUUAAAGUGUAACUGUAAAAAUCUCUACAAUUUUAAAUUAAAUUAUAUGCUUGCAUUUUUCAUAAAACUUGAAUUCAUAACUAAGCUUUGAAUUGAGUCGAAGCAUCUGCAUCCAUUUAUUUCUGCAUCAACAUGUUAAAUAUUGUAUAUGGUCAUAACUGCGUGUUUAUAGUGAAUCUAGAGUCUAUAGUUGUUUUGUGCAUUUUAGAUGAUGCUGUACAAGCCAGUAAAAAUAG